GUGGCGGGCGAAAUUGUCUUCCAGACGGGCAUGGUCGGCUACGUGGAGUCUCUGACCGACCCCAGCUACCACCGGCAGAUUCUCGUGCUCACCUACCCGAUGAUCGGCAACUACGGCGUGCCCGAGGACGGGGCCGAGAAGGACCGAGCCCUGGACGAGUUCGGCCUGCCGCUCUACUUCGAGUCCGACCGCGUCUGGCCGGCCGCCCUGGUGGUCAGCGAGCUCUCCGCCGCGUACAGUCACUGGAACGCCGCCCAGUCGCUGGACGCCUACCUGGCCCGCCACCGCGUCACAGGUCUGCAGGGCAUCGACACCCGUGCCCUGACGCAGCUCCUCGCCGACCGCGGCAGCGCCCUGGCAAAGAUCGCCCACUCCCGGCUGGCCAUCGACGCCUUUCCCUACGCCGACCCGAACACGCUGAACCUGGUGGACGAGGUGUCGCUAAAAACGACUCGAAUCUUCAACCCCAGCGGCCAGCCGCGCAUCGUCGCCCUCGACUGCGGCCUCAAGUACAAUCAGAUUCGCUGUCUGGCGCGCCGGGGCGCCCGCGUCCAGGUCCUCCCCUGGAACGCCUCGCUCCAGGACCCGACGCUUCAGUACGACGGCGUCUUCCUCAGCAACGGCCCCGGCGACCCGGCGAUGGUGGGGGCCACCGUGGUGGAGACCGUCCGCCGGCACCUGGCCACCGACGACCGCCGCCCCCUCUUCGGCAUCUGCCUGGGCCACCAGGUGCUGGCGCAGGCCGCCGGCGGCACCACCUACAAGAUGAAGUUCGGCAAUCGCGGCCACAACCAGCCGGUCCUCUUCGCCGACACGCUGAACUGCUGCAUCACCUCGCAGAACCACGGCUACGCGGUGGAGGCGGGCAGCCUGCCCGCCGACCACUGGCAGGCGCUCUUCACCAACGCCAACGACCACUCCAACGAGGGCAUCGCCCACCGCCGGAAGCCCUUCUUCAGCGUCCAGUUUCACCCGGAGCACACCGCCGGCCCUGAGGACAUGGAGUUUCUCUUUGACGUCUUUCUCGACUCGGUUAAGGAGUACCUGAAGGGGGGAGGAGGAAACAAAGAACCGGAGUUGUCUAUUCAGGAGAAAAUUCAGCGCCACUUUGCGACCGCCCUCAAGUUUCCCAUGGACCUCGCCGGUCAGCUGCAGUACCCGCGAAAGGUGCUCAUCCUCGGCUCCGGGGGCCUGUCCAUUGGCCAGGCCGGUGAGUUUGACUACUCCGGCUCGCAGGCGAUCAAGGCGCUGAAGGAGGAGAAGAUUCAGACGGUGCUGAUCAACCCGAACAUCGCCACGGUGCAGACCAAUCCCGGCAUGGCCGACAAGGUCUACUUCCUGCCCAUCACCCGAGAGUACGUCGAGGAGGUGAUCAAGAACGAGCGACCGGACGGCAUCUUCCUCAUGUUCGGCGGCCAGACCGCUCUCAACUGCGGCAUCGAGCUGGAGCAGGCGGGCAUUCUGGCGGCGUACUCGGUCCAAGUGCUGGGCACGCCGAUCAAGUCGAUCAUCGACUCUGAGGACCGGAAGAUCUUCGCGGAGAAGGUGGCGCAGGUGGGCGGCGAGGUGGCGCCCAAUGAGGCGGUCUACUCGGUGGAGGAGGCGCUGGAGAAGGCCGGUCGGCUGGGCUACCCGAUACUGAUUCGGUCGGCCUAUGCGCUGGGCGGCAUGGGCAGCGGCUUCGCCGGCGACGCCGCCGACCUGGAGCGGCUGGUGAAGCAGGCGCUGGUCCACUCCAGCCAGGUGCUGAUGGACAAGAGCCUGAAGGGCUGGAAGGAGGUGGAGUACGAGGUGGUGCGGGACGCCUACGACAACUGCGUCACCGUGUGCAACAUGGAGAACCUGGAUCCGCUGGGAAUUCACACCGGCGAGUCGAUCGUCGUGGCGCCCAGUCAGACGCUGACCGACCGCGAGUACCACCUCCUCCGCUCGAUGGCGCUCAGGGUGGUGAAGCACCUGGGCGUGGUGGGCGAGUGCAACAUUCAGUACGCGCUGAACCCUGCCUCGGAGGAGUUUUACAUCAUCGAGGUGAAUGCGCGUCUGUCGCGCAGCUCGGCGCUGGCCAGCAAGGCCACUGGAUAUCCGCUCGCCUACAUUGCCGCCAAGCUCGGUCUGGGCAUUCCGCUGCCGCAGCUACUGAACAGCGUCACCGGCUCGACGACGGCCUGCUUUGAGCCCAGCCUCGACUACUGCGUGGUGAAGAUUCCGCGCUGGGAUUUGGGCAAAUUCACCAACGUCAGCCACCUGAUUGGCAGCUCGAUGAAGAGCGUCGGCGAGGUGAUGGCCAUUGGCCGCAACUUUGAGGAGGCCUUCCAGAAGGCGCUGCGCAUGGUGGACGAAUCGGUCACCGGCUUCGACGCCGGCCUCCGCCAGGCGACCCGCGAGGAGCUGCAAAACCCCACCGACAAACGGAUCUUCGCCCUGGCCACCGCCCUCAAGGACGGCUGGUCGCUGGCGGAGCUCCACCAGCUGACCAAGAUUGACCUGUGGUUCCUCCACAAGCUGGCGAACAUUGUCCAGUGCCAACAGUCGCUGGAGGCGCUGGCCGGCCAGACGAGGCUCACAAGCGAACAGCUGCGAAAGGCAAAGGCGCUCGGCUUCAGCGACAAGGCCAUCGCCCGGUGCGUCCACGUCAGCAGCGAGCUGGUGAUCCGCAAGCAGCGCUUGGAGGCGGGUAUCCGCCCGGCCGUGAAGCGGGUGGACACCGUCUCGGCGGAGUGGCCCGCCAGCACCAAUUACCUCUACCUGACGUACAAUGCCACCGAGUCGGAUCUGGGAACGGAGCCGGAGCCGGAGCAGACCGGAACAUCAUCAUCACCACCACCUGUUGAUCCGGGAGCUGUUCUGGUGCUGGGCAGCGGCGUCUACCGCAUCGGCUCCUCGGUGGAGUUUGACUGCUGCGCCGUGGGCUGCGUUCAGGAGCUGACCAAGAUGAACAAGCGCACCAUCAUGCUGAACUGCAACCCGGAGACGGUGAGCACCGACUACGACAUGUGCAGCAAGCUCUACUUCGAGGAGAUCUCCUUCGAGACGGUGAUGGAGGUGUACGAGGCGGAGCAGCCGGAGGGCAUCAUCCUCAGCAUGGGCGGCCAGCUGCCGAACAACAUCGCCAUGGACCUCUUCCGGCAGAAGGCGGUCAUUCUGGGCACCAGUCCGGAGUCGAUUGACGGCGCGGAGAACCGCUUCAAGUUCAGCCGCCUGAUGGACGAGGUGGGCAUCCUCCAGCCGCAGUGGAAGGAGCUGGCGGAGAUUGACCAGGCGAAGAGCUUCUGCGCCGAGGUGGGCUACCCCUGCGUCAUUCGGCCCUCCUACGUGCUGUCGGGGGCGGCGAUGAAUGUCGCCCACUCGGAGCGCAAUCUCGAAAACUACCUGAAGGAGGCGGCCGCGGUAAGCAAGGAGCACCCCGUGGUGAUCAGCAAGUUCAUCAAGGAGGCGAAGGAGAUCGACAUUGACGCCGUCGCCCAGGACGGCGCCCUCAUCGCCAUGGCCGUCAGCGAGCACGUGGAGAACGCGGGCGUGCACUCUGGCGACGCGACGCUGGUCACGCCGCCGCAGGACCUGAACGCGGAGACGCUGCUCAAAAUUCGCAUCAUCUGCGAGAAGAUCGGUCGCGCCCUGGAGGUGAACGGCCCCUACAACCUGCAGCUGAUUGCCAAGGACAACGACCUGAAGGUGAUUGAGUGCAACCUCCGGAUCAGCCGCUCCUUUCCCUUCGUCUCGAAGACGCUGAACUGCGACCUGGUCGCCCUGGCCACGCGCGUCAUCAUGGGCAUCAAGCAGCGGCCCAUUGACCUGCUGGCCGGAAACGGACUGGCUCGCCGAGUGGGCGUCAAGGUCCCUCAAUUUAGCUUCAGCCGGCUGAGCGGCGCCGACGUGACGCUGGGCAUUGAGAUGGCGAGCACCGGCGAGGUGGGCUGCUUCGGCGAGAACCGCUACGAGGCCUACCUGAAGGCGCUGAUCAGCACCGGCUUCCGCAUUCCCCAGCGGCGCAUUGCCCUGAUCAGCAUCGGCACGCACAAGCACAAGACCGAGCUGCUGCCCAGCAUUCGCACCCUCCACUACAUGGGCUACAAGCUGUACGCCACCCUGGGCACGGCCGAUUUCUACAAUGACAGCGGCAUUCCCGUGGAAGCGGUCGAACUGCCCUUCUUUGAAAAUGGGGGAAACGGGGAAAAGGGAGGAGGAGGCGGUGCCCCCGACCAGGUGAACCUCAACGACAUUGCCCACUACCUCUCGCAGAAGGAGAUCGACCUGGUGAUCAACCUGCCGAUGAGGACUAGCGGCGCCCGCCGGGUGAGCACUCUCGGCUACCGGUACCGCCGCUUUGCCGUCGACUACGCCAUUCCGCUCAUCAGCGACGUCAAGUGCGCCAAGCUGCUGGUGGAGGCGCUGAAGCUGAUCGAGGGGAAUCCGCCCGUGAAGACGCACAUCGACUGUCUGACGGCGCGGAAGAUCGUCCGCCUGCCGGGGCUGAUUGACGUGCACGUGCACCUGCGGGAGCCGGGCGCCCCCGAGAAGGAGGACUUCAGCUCGGGCACGGCGGCGGCGCUGGCCGGCGGCAUCACCCUGCUGGGCGUCAUGCCCAACACCGGUCCGCCGGUGGCCGGCGGGGAGACGCUGGCGGCGACGCUGGCGCUGGCCGGCGCCAAGGCCCGCGCCGACUACGGCCUCUUUGUGGCGGCCACUGCGGGCAAUGCCGAGGAGCUGGGCGGGCUGACCCGCGCCACGCGGGUGAUGGGCGUGAAGAUGUACCUGAACAGUACCUUUGGCCAGCUGCGCCUUCCCUCGAUGCUCGACUGGAUGGCGCACUUUGAACGCCUGCCCAAGGGCGUGCCCAUCGUCGCCCACGCCGAGCAGCAGACGGCGGCGGCGGUCAUCCUCUUCGCCCACCUCUACGACCGCCACGUGCACAUUGCCCACGUGGCCCGCGAGGAGGAGAUUCUGGUCAUUAAACGGGCGAAGGAGAAGGGCAUCAAGGUGACCUGCGAGGUGGCCCCGCACCACCUCUUUCUCUGCGAGGACGACGUCGAGGCGGUGGGCGGGCGGUCUCGGGCCCAGGUGCGGCCCUCGCUGGUCAGCGCCCGCGACCAGCAGGCACUGUGGGAGAACAUGGCCGUCAUUGACGUCUUCGCCACCGACCACGCGCCGCACCUGGUGGCGGAGAAGGAUCGACCGGAGGGGGAGGCGCCGCCGGGCUUCCCCGGCCUGGAGACGAUGCUGCCGCUGCUGCUGACGGCCGUCCGCCAGGGCCGCCUGACGCUGGACGACCUGAUUCGCCGGCUGUACUACAAUCCGAAGCGCAUCUUCAGCCUGCCCGACCAGCUGGAGACGUACGUCGAGGUGGACCUCGAUGAGGAGUGGACCAUCCCCGCGGCGAUGCCCUUCACCAAGAGCCAGUGGACGCCCUUUGCCGGGCGGGCGGUGGCCGGCCGCGUCCGCCGGGUGCUCCUCCACGGCGAGGUGGCCUUCAUUGACGGCAAGGUCCUGGUGAAGCCCGGUUUCGGGCAGAACAUUCUCCAGACGAGGGCCAGCAGCAGCAGCAGCAGCAGCGCUGGCAAUCAGCUCUACUCGACGGCCAAUGCUACAACGACCUCUACGAGCAGCCCACUGAUGUUGGACGUUGGCAGUGGAGAAGAGGCGGUGGUGGUGGUUCCCAGCACCACCGCUGCUCAGCCCACUCAACCUCCUCCUCCUCCUUCUCCUGCUUCCGGUCCUCCUGGUCCGCUGAGCACGAAGAGCCGUCAGGAGCGCACGAAUGAGAUGUACCAGGAGAUGUUCAAGGAGUUGGGCAUUAAACAUGACAGCAGCAGCAGCAGCAGCAGUUCGGCACGACAGCUGUCCGGCGCCGGCAACCACUCCCCAGUGCCUGCUCACCUCCACUUUACUCCAGGCGGCACGCCCUUAAUGCUUCACCAGCUGCACCAGCAGUCCUCACUAGGGCAGCACUCCUUCGCCCACAAGAGCGUCCUCAGCGUGGAGGACUUCACCAAGAACCAGCUGCACGAGCUCUUUGGCCUUGCCUCCAAGUUCCGCGUCGCCGUGGCCAAGGAGAAGCCCCUGGACGCGGUCCGCCGGGCGGCCGCCGUCUGCCUGAAGCCGGUCAUCAACGCCGGCGACGGCAUUGGGGAGCAUCCGACGCAGGCCCUUCUGGACGUCUUCACCAUCCGCGAGGAGAUUGGCACGGUCAACAAUUUGGUGGUGACCAUGUGCGGCGACCUCGCCAACGGCCGCACAGUCCACUCCCUGGCCCGCCUCCUGACGCACUACAAUGUGACGCUCAAUUACGUCUCCCCGGAGACGCUUCGCAUGCCCGCCGAGGUGAGGCAGUACGUGGCGGCGAAGGGCGUCCGCCAGGCGGAGCACCGCAGCCUGGAGGAGGUCCUGCCCCAGUCGGACGUCGUCUACAUGACGCGCAUCCAGCGGGAGCGCUUCGCCGACCCGGCCGACUACCAGGCCGUCUGCGGCCUCUACCAGAUCACCACGCAGCUGAUGACGAAGGCGAAGAAGAAGAUGAUUGUGAUGCACCCGCUGCCGCGGCUCAGUGAAAUCUCGCGAGACUUUGACAACGAUCCGCGCGCCGCCUACUUCCGCCAGGUGGAGUGCGGCAUGUACGUGCGCAUGGCCCUCCUCACCAUGGUCCUCGGUCGGGGCGUGGGCCUCGGCAAGUACUAG